AUGGCUACUGUUUCGAGGAUGUUGCUGAAGAGAGAGACGAUCCCUCGCAUAAGCCAAACCACGAGGAAGCUCUUCUCCACCGAUGGAUCUCCUUCUUUCCUUGACAGACUCAGAAAUCUUCCCAAAGAUUUCCCCGCCACUAACGCCAAACGCGAUGCCUCUCUGCUCAUCGGAAGAACUCCUCUCGUGUUUCUCAACAAAGUCACUGAAGGAUGCGAAGCUUACAUUGUAGCCAAGCAAGAACAUUUCCAGCCUACGUGUAGCGUCAAAGACAGACCAGCUUUAGCCAUGAUUCUAGAUGCAGAGAAGAGAGAACUUAUCACCCCUGGAAAAACAACCUUGAUAGAGCCCACUUCAGGAAACAUGGGAAUAAGUUUGGCAUUCAUGGCGGCUUUGAAAGGGUACAGAAUUAUAAUGACGAUGCCUUCCUACACCAGCUUGGAGAGGAGAGUGACGAUGAGAUCCUUUGGUGCAGAGCUUGUCCUCACUGAUCCAGCCAAAGGAAUGGGUGGAACCGUUAAGAAAGCUUAUGACCUCCUUGAGAAUACUCCUGAUGCUCAUAUGCUGCAACAGUUUGCUAAUCCAGCAAACACUAAGAUUCAUUUUGAUACUACUGGUCCUGAGAUUUGGGAAGAUACGCUUGGGAAUGUUGAUAUCUUCGUGAUGGGAAUCGGCAGUGGAGGCACAGUCUCUGGUGUUGGUCAAUACCUUAAAUCUAAAAACCCCAAUGUCAAGAUAUAUGGAGUUGAGCCUGCUGAAAGUAACAUACUCAACGGUGGCAAGCCAGGUCCACAUGCUAUCACAGGAAAUGGGGUUGGAUUUAAACCGGAUAUCUUGGAUAUGGAUGUUAUGGAGAGCGUUCUUGAGGUUAGUAGUGAGGAUGCUAUAAAGAUGGCUAGAGAAUUGGCUUUGAAAGAAGGUCUCAUGGUUGGGAUAUCAUCGGGGGCUAACACUGUGGCAGCAAUUAGGCUUGCGAAAAUGCCAGAGAACAAAGGCAAACUCAUUGUGACGGUUCAUGCGAGUUUUGGAGAGAGAUACCUGUCGUCGGUUCUGUUUGAUGAGCUGAGGAAAGAAGCAGAAGAGAUGAAGCCAGUUUCAGUGGACUGA